AUGGCCUCCGAAACCACCACUCUGCAGCAGCAGCUGCGCCAGGACUCGGUCCACGACGCCGAAGCCGCGCUGGCCAUUCUCGAGGCGACGCAUGCCACCAGCCCUUCUCGCGCGCCUCUCAAGAGGCAGCGGUCCUCUCGAUCGUCGUCUGUGGCCGCCGCCAUGGGCCCGAACCAGAGCAGCAUGGUGCCCGAUGUCGACGUGUACCGGACGGCUCGCACCCAGCUGUGCGAAGCCGAAGCCUCCAUUGCCUUUGAUCACCGCUGCCGCGCGCGCGCCACGCCACUCGAGCAGGCCGUCGACAGCAUCCUCCAAAAGCUGCGCCGGCUGGACCAGGAGGACGUCUACGACGCCGCCGCCCCGAGACUCGGCCACGGCGGCCAGCGGCACCCGCGCUUCGCGGGCGACCACUUCCUCGGCAACGUCGACCUCAUCGACCGCACGCGGCUCUUUGCCGUCGCGCGCCGCAUGCCCAAGGGCGCCCACCUGCACAUUCACUUCAACGCGUGCCUGCCGCCCGACGUGCUGCUAGGCAUCGCCAACGAUAUGGAUCGCAUGUUUAUCACAAGCAACUUGCCACUGGUGGACGACAACGGGCAUGAAAACUACACCAAGUGCGAGAUUCAGUUCUCGCUGCUGAGCACGGACAAGGAGGGCGAUGCCCCAGGCAAUCUGUUCAGUGCGCAGUAUCAGCCGCGGCAGACGAUGAAGUUUACCGAGUUUUUGCAGCAGUUUUCGGAGCACUACCCAGGCGUGGAUGCGGAACAGUGGCUGCUGGACAAACUCGUCUUUUCGGAGAACGAGGCUCACGGCGUACUUCAGACGGCAGCUGGUGCCUGGGAAAAGUUCAACGGACGCACAAGGAUGAUGAAGGGUCUCUUCAACUAUGAGACGGCAUAUCGCAAGUAUACGCGGCUCUGUCUCGAGGACUUUGUGCGUGAUAAUAUACAAUAUGCCGAGAUUCGGCCCAACUUUAUGCGGAGCAACCAACUAUACCACGACGACGGAACUGGACCCAUUGACAACAAGGGCAUUAUGAACAUUAUCAUGGACGAAGUCACCAAGUUCCAGCAGGAAAUGGCGGCGGAUCGCCAAUACUUUCGUGGCAUCAAGGUCAUCUACUGCACACCUCGCUCGCUCGACCCCGCGAACGUAAAGGCCGCGUUAGACGAGUGUCUCGAGUUCAAGCAGAAGUGGCCGAACUGGAUCGCAGGCUUUGAUCUCGUGGGCGAAGAGUCGCAGGGCCGGCCGCUGUGCGACUUUGUGCCCGAGUUCCUCGCGUUCCAGGCGCAGUGCCGGCAGCAGGCCGUCGAGAUUCCGUUCCUCUUCCACUGCGGCGAGACGCUCGACGCGGGCUCGUCGACCGAUGGUAACCUGCUCGACGCGCUGCUCCUCCACUCGCGGCGCAUAGGGCACGGCUUCGCGCUCCCCAAGCACCCACUUGUGCUGCAGCGCAUGCGCACGCAGGGCGUGUGCGUCGAGCUGUGCCCCAUUUCCAACGAGAUUCUCGGCCUGACGCCGCGUGUCAACGGGCACGCCAUGUACGCGCUGCUGGCCAACAAUGUGCACUGCGCCGUGAGCUCAGACAACGGCGCCCUAUUCCGGUACGGCACCCCUCCUUGUCGAGCUUUGACCCGUGCUUAUCACGCUGACGAGAACAACUACAGAUCCUCACUAUCGCACGACUUUUAUCAGGUCCUCAUCGGCAAGGCCGACAUGAGCCUCUACGGCUGGAAGCAGCUCGUGCUCUGGAGCAUGGAGCACGCCUGCCUCGACGACGGCGAGCGCGGCGCGAUCCUGCAGCAGUGGGAGCGCAUGUGGGAUGAUUUUUUGCAGUGGGUUGUAGCCACAUAUGGCUCCGAGUAG